CAAUAGGCAUAAACGAUUGGGUUAGGCGGGAGCCAAUCGCGCUGGGUUUUAUUGGGACACGCCGGCAAGACGCCUCUUCAGUUUUCCGCUCCUCAGAGCAAAGGGGCGGUUGGUGCGGCCUCCAUUGUUCGUGUUUUAAGCCGCCAUGAGGGGUGACAGAGGCCGUGGUCGUGGUGGGCGCUUUGGUUCCAGAGGAGGCCCAGGAGGAGGGUUCAGGCCCUUUGUACCACAUAUCCCAUUUGACUUCUAUUUGUGUGAAAUGGCCUUCCCCCGGGUCAAGCCAGCACCUGAUGAAACUUCCUUCAGCGAGGCCUUGCUCAAGAGGAAUCAGGACCUGGCUCCCAAUUCUGCUGAACAGGCGUCUAUCCUUUCUCUGGUGACAAAAAUAAACAAUGUGAUUGACAAUCUGAUUGUGGCUCCAGGGACAUUUGAAGUGCAAAUUGAAGAAGUGCGACAGGUGGGAUCCUAUAAAAAGGGGACGAUGACUACAGGACACAAUGUGGCUGACCUGGUGGUGAUACUCAAGAUUCUGCCAACAUUGGAAGCUGUUGCUGCCCUGGGGAACAAAGUCGUGGAAAGCCUAAGAGCACAGGAUCCUUCUGAAGUUUUAACUAUGCUGACCAAUGAAACUGGCUUUGAAAUCAGUUCUUCUGAUGCUACAGUGAAGAUUCUCAUUACAACAGUGCCACCCAAUCUUCGAAAACUGGACCCAGAACUCCAUUUGGAUAUCAAGGUAUUGCAGAGUGCCUUAGCAGCCAUCCGACAUGCCCGCUGGUUUGAGGAAAAUGCUUCUCAGUCCACAGUUAAAGUUCUCAUCAGACUACUGAAAGACUUGAGGAUUCGUUUUCCUGGCUUUGAGCCCCUAACACCCUGGAUCCUUGACCUACUAGGUCAUUAUGCUGUGAUGAACAACCCCACCAGACAGCCUUUGGCCCUAAACGUUGCAUACAGGCGCUGCUUGCAGAUUCUGGCUGCGGGACUGUUCCUGCCAGGUUCAGUGGGUAUCACUGACCCCUGUGAGAGUGGCAACUUCAGAGUACACACAGUCAUGACCCUAGAACAGCAGGACAUGGUCUGCUAUACAGCUCAGACUCUCGUCCGAAUCCUCUCACAUGGUGGCUUUAGGAAGAUCCUUGGCCAGGAGGGUGAUGCCAGCUAUCUUGCUUCUGAAAUAUCUACCUGGGAUGGAGUGAUAGUAACACCUUCCGAAAAGGCUUAUGAGAAGCCACCAGAGAAGAAGGAAGGAGAGGAAGAAGAGGAGAAUACAGAAGAACCACCUCAAGGAGAGGAAGAAGAAAGCAUGGAAACUCAGGAGUGACCUUCCCUUCCCUUGACUGGAGCCUAAGCUCGAUGCUACUGGGCUUUACAUGGUGGUAGACAUUUCCGAGGGAUAGGGAAGAUAAUAGGAAGGCAAGUAAACUCCAGAGAAGUGUUACUCCACUGGGUUUUGAUAUUGGCCUAGCAGCCAGUUUCCCAUUUGUGACCUAUGCCAUCCAUCUAUAAUAAAUGAGGAUACCAACAUUUCUUCCUAAUACUCUAGGAUCCCCAAGUCCUGAAAACCCCUCUCUCAACUAAUAUCUUGCUGUUGAAAUGUUGUGAACUGUUAAGUGUCUGGAAAUUUUUUUUCUAAGAAAAACGAUUAAAGUACUUCCUAGUAGG